GUAAUGUCAAAACUUAUCGAAAAGUCAAAAUCAAAAUUGUGCCGUGUUACUCAGUCAUUGGCGGUAUUAAACUUAGCCAUUUAUGUGUAUUGUGUUUAAGCAAUGCUUUACUAUAACUACUAGAUAAAUAAACUUAGAAAUUUACUUACUUAUUAUAAAAAAAUAUGCAUAUGUUUCGUGUAACGUAAUAAUAUUUUUCAUAUCAGGCCAGUUGCGUAUAGCGCAUAAAACGUAAAAACAAUGAAGUCAGCCGGGUGUAGUAUUUUUAUAAUAACAAUAUUAGCACAUGUUUUUAAUGGCAUUGCAACUCCAGAAAAACAAAGAGAAGAAAAGAAAUCAAAAGGCGUUACCACAUUCGUGAGUGCGAAAUGGGAAGCUACACCUAUAGUUCUCGAGUUAGCUGAAUACCUGUCUGGAGAGAGUGUAGACUUAUUUUGGUCUUAUGUUGAUGGUAUUAACUCUUUAAAAUCUAGUCUCUAUCUUUUGGAAACAGACAAAGAGAUUUAUGAUUCAUGUAUAGGUGUUGCAAGCACACUCCUGCCACCAGCACAAUUGCGUAUGGCUAAGCUUGCAUUGUCUAUGCACUUAAAUUCACCAACAGUUAGAAUGUUUGAUGAAAUUGCCAAUCAAAAUGGAGCAAAAGAAGUAGCCUGUGAUGUAUUUGUAGCAAUUGCUUCAAGAAAAAUCUGUGAUAAUGAUGUAUUACGAGAUGUCCUCAAAUCUAUUGAGAAAUAUGAAGCUAAUGAUCAUAGAUUGGAGACAUACUUGUUAGAUCACACAUAUCCAAGUAGUGAUAACAGAACCAUCACUGCAAUCUUAUAUGGUGAACUUGGAAUGUCAGAAUUUUCAGUAAAGCAUAAAAUAUUAGCAGCUUAUGCUGAUAAAGGAGUCAUCAAUUAUGUUGUGAGAUGGAAUGUCAAGCCAAGAGGUAAACCAAAACUCCGUUUGUCUGGAUAUGGAGUAGAAUUGCAGUUAAAGAGCACAGAGUACAAAAGUCAGGAUGAUACCACUCCAAAAGAAAAUGAAGGUGAUACUCCAGUCCCAUCAGAAGAAGAGGAUGAGAAUGAUCCGCAAAAUCAAAUAGACGGAUUUAAUUUUGGAAGGCUGAAGAAUCUGUUCCCGGCUCUUCGUACACCACUAGAAAGGUUCAGACGUCACCUGUCCGAGAUGAGUGAAGAGUUAGAGCCCCUUAAAGUGUGGCAAAUGCAGGCACUUAGUAUGCAAGCUGCUGCUGCAGUUAUUGAUGCUCAUGAUGCAGGUGGUGAUGAAGCCCUGCGAGUACUUACAUCUAUUGCACAGAACUUCCCUAUGCAGACAAAAUCUCUUAUUCACGUGAAUGUACCACGCUCUUUCCGUGACGAAGUGCUCUAUAAUCAAGACGUUUGGGCAUCAUCUCUGGGUUUGCGACCAGCAGAACCAUUGCUUUUGGUUUCUGGAGCGCAAUAUGAUGCUGAAGAGGUUGAUAUCAUGGCGCUUUUGAAUUCUUUGAGAGAAGAUAUUGGACCAAUGAACACACUCCAUGCUCUGGGCCUUUCAAAGAAAUUAAUAAAUACACUAAUGUCAUUGGAGUUGGGUGAAUCUUACACUUGGGAGGAGUAUGGGUUGGACAUAAGAGACUCUUCAAUAACUUGGCUAAAUGAUCUCGAAUCCGAUGAACGCUACCGGCGUUGGCCUUCUUCCUUCAUGGAGUUACUGAGGCCAACUUAUCCUGGAAUGUUGAGAAACCUAAGAAGGAACAUUUAUAAUUAUGUAAUAAUAGUUGAUCCAACUUCUGCAUCAUCUGCACCGCCAUUAAAACUAGGCGAAACUUUAUUAAAACACGCAACUCCGGUUCGUGUUGGUAUCGUGUUAGCUCCCAACAACACGCCACUGGGCAUCGCUGUACGAAGUGCUUUUAAUUAUGUCGCUCAAGAUAGAAACUCUAAUAAGGAAGCCUUUUAUUUCCUAACUCAGUUACUUAAUUCUCUACAAGAUGAGGAGCUGAGUAUAGAGCACUUAAAGAAACAUUUGAAGAAAUAUACCAGUGCAAAUGCUAAUAUCGAUGAGAUCACAUCAGAGGAUUCAGAGUAUAAUUUCGGUCACCAGCUUGCAGAGGAGUUUGUUUCUAAAUUAGGCACUGAAAAGUUCCCUCAGGUUCUAGUGAACGGUGUGCCAUUAUGGGACGAAGGGCCGGUAGCUCUCACGUCAUCAGUGGACAGUUUGGAAGAAGCUCUAGUUACGGCGCUCUCCAGGCACACGAGCCGCUUGCAGCGAGCGGUGUUCAGGGGUGACCUGGCCGAUACGGACGACGCCGUGGAUUAUAUUAUGAAACAACCGCACAUUAUGCCCAGAUUAAAUCGUCGUAUUUUGGGCUCCGAUCCCACGCAGUAUUUAGAUCUCUCUGGAAUAGCAUCUUCAACCGAGUUGUUCACGCAAGAUAAAAUACAUAAAAUUCUACAUUUAUCAGGACGUGACGCUCUAGCUACUGCUUUACCCAUAUUAAAAUACUUUGUGAAGUCUGAAAAAGCAGAAAAGAUAACACAAACUGUUUGGAUUAUUGGUGACCUCAAUGAAAAAGUAUCUCGGGAACUACUUAAAAAUGCCUUAACUUUCAUGAGAGAAUCUGGUGGAAUAAGAGUAGCUUUCAUUCCUAACGUUGAUGGACAGUCUAAUGUCGAUCAAUCAUUGAAUAAAGUGGUAUUAGCUGCACUAGCUGUUCUUGAACCGGUAAAGGCAACUAAAUAUGUGGUUCAGUUACUUGAAGAUGAGGGUUGCCAUGCGAGACAAGACUGCAAUAUAUUACCAGAACUAGUGGGUGCUCUGAACCAACACGAGUGGGUACUAAAGGCGGCGCGUGUGCUGUGCGCCCGCAGUCUGCGGCUGCGGGCCGGCGCGCGCGCACUCGUGCACAAUGCGCGGCACAUCGGCCCGCUGGCUGCGGACGAACAGGUCUCGCUCGAGGACUUUGUGUUGCUGGAGAGAUACAGCAAUCAAGUUUAUGGCGAAAAAUUGUCGGAAGUGUUUAAGAAGAAAAAGGUAUCAACAAAUGGAGUGUUAGACGAAGAAGAUGAUGAUACUGACUCCGUAGAGGUAACAACAGACAUAUACCUCAAAGUGAUAUCGGUGCUAGCGUCGCGCAGUUCUCGCGUUAGGACACCGCUCCCGGCGGGCUUGAGGACUGAACACUCAUUGGUUGAGUUGCCACCCGUUUAUGCAGAUGAAGCAGCAAUCGAGAUUGUAGCAGUAGUAGAUCCAGCGUCGAAUGCUGCGCAACGACUCGCUCCAUUGUUGUUGGUGUUGCGGAAAGUUGUCAACUGUAGAAUCAAGUUGUUCCUCAACCCACAAGACAAAAACUCGGAUAUGCCGCUUAAAAGUUUCUACCGCUACGUGUUGGAACCGGAAUUGCAAUUCACGUCAUCAGGCGCCAGCACGGGGGGCGCGAUAGCCCGCUUCAGCCGCCUGCCUCACGCGCCUCUACUGUCUAUGGAGCUAAGGACGCCGCCCAACUGGCUCGUAGAGUGCGUUAAGUCCGUCUAUGACUUGGAUAACAUACGUUUGGCCGAUGUUGAUUCGUUGGUGCAUAGUGAAUUUGAGUUGGAAUAUUUAUUACUGGAAGGUCACGCAUGGGACAGCACACUAGGCACACCACCCCGUGGUCUGCAGCUAAUUCUCGGCAGUAGAGAUAAUCCAGAAAUUAUGGACACCAUAGUGAUGGCUAACCUGGGAUACUUUCAGCUUAAGGCCAAUCCUGGGGCUUGGAUAUUGAGGCUGAGACCUGGCCGUUCGGAGGAAAUUUAUGAAAUUGUUGGGCAUGAUAACACAGACACACCAGCCGGUAGCCCCGAUAUACAGGUGCUGAUGAGUUCUUUCCGAAGCCACGUGAUCAAGCUACGUGUCAGCAAAAAACAGGACAAGCAGCAUCUAGAUCUGCUUGCCGAGAGCGACGAUAAAAACUCGGGAGGCAUUUGGAACUCUAUAGCAAGUUCAUUUGGUGGUGGCGAAGAGCAAGAGGCGCAAGACGAGACGAUAAACGUAUUCUCAGUGGCCUCGGGACACCUGUACGAGCGGUUCCUGCGCAUCAUGAUGUUGUCCGUAUUGAAAAAUACCAAAUCACCUGUGAAGUUCUGGUUCUUGAAGAAUUACCUCAGUCCGUCGCUGAAGGACAUUCUGCCAUACAUGGCGGAAGAGUACGGUUUCUCGUACGAGCUGGUGCAGUACGUGUGGCCGCGCUGGCUGCAGCGGCAGCGCGACCGCCAGCGCACCAUCUGGGGGUACAAGAUACUGUUCCUCGACGUGCUGUUCCCGCUGCACGUCAAGAAGAUCAUCUUCGUCGAUGCUGAUCAGAUUGUGAGGGCGGACCUUAAAGAACUAGUAGAUUUGGAUCUGGGAGGUGCUCCGUAUGGUUACACUCCAUUCUGCGAUAGUAGAAAAGAGAUGGAGGGUUUCAGGUUCUGGAAGCAGGGUUACUGGCGCAACCACCUGCAGGGGCGCAGCUACCACAUCAGUGCGCUGUACGUGGUGGACCUAAAGCGGUUCCGGCGCAUCGCGGCCGGCGACCGCCUGCGCGGGCAGUAUCAGGCCCUCAGCCAGGACCCCAACAGUCUCUCCAAUUUGGACCAAGACUUACCAAACAACAUGAUACAUCAAGUAGCUAUCAAAUCAUUGCCUCAGGAGUGGCUGUGGUGUGAGACAUGGUGUGACGAUAGCUCAAAGCAGUAUGCUAAAACUAUAGAUCUCUGCAACAACCCAAUGACGAAAGAAGCGAAGCUGUCGGCGGCCAUGCGCAUCGUGCCCGAGUGGCGCGAGUACGACGGCGAGCUGCGGGCGCUGCAGGCUAGAGUUCGCAGAGGGCUUUACCAGAGGAAUGACUCUGACCAGGAGAUCGAACAUAAUCACCCAGAGGAAAUACCAGUUAAAGAAAGUGAUCUUCGUCAAGAAAAACAACAUACAGAGUUAUGAUGAUAUAAAUAAAUAAAUGAAUUUAGAAUUUUUGUUAUUCCAAUUACCAUAAGGCUGUCUGUGGGAGUGAAAGAUGUGUGUUAUGCUGUUCUCUGUAUAAAGUUCUCCAUUUAUUGUUUUGUAGUAUAUUAUUUUGAAAAGUACUGAGAUUGUAUUUUGCUAUUUUUUUUACAUUUUUCAUAAUAAUUGUUCAUAGAAAUCAUACAUUAUCAACAAUGUAAUGGACCAAAAGAAUUAUUAUGAUUUAUGCCUUGCAUCCGUAAUUGUAACUUAAGUGCAAAUGUGAUUUUAGGCGAUAAGUGGAAUUUAUUUAGUUGCAGUUAAAUUUUUUUUUUUUCAAAAUUGUAUGAGCCAUAUUCCCUUGAUUCAGCGACAAGUAAAUGUUUUAUCCAAAUUGAGUAGCAUCUCAUGAAUGUAUUUGUAUGUUUGGUUUAAGCCGAAACCCUUUCACUCUUUGUAACUGAGAACUAAAAACGUGAAUGAAAAACCACGUUCACAAUUUGCAGUGAAUAAAACUUCAGAAAAUA